AUGCCUUUUCAAGAGCACACAAGGACAUCUGAUGUCCUGGCUCGCAGUCAGCCAUCACGAGAUUCUACUUUCACGGACUUCGAUAUUGAUAAUGACACGCUAGGAUCAAGGCAACACUUUAGGGAUAAUGGCAGGUAUGCUUUACAAGAAGAUCAGGAUUUAGACUAUGCUAUCAAUACCUCGGCGAUCCAAAGCGCGCUGCCAUAUUUCUCCAGUGCCACCAGUUCUGAUGAGUCGGACGUUCCCUCGAUAGAAAUUGGAAGGGGAGAUAGAAAAGUUUCUUCUCGAUGCGACCAUACUAAUAGCUCCGUUAUUUCCAAUGAUGGCCGGAAGUUUGCCUGUUCAGCUUCUAGACUAAAUGAAGUCGCUGAACCCCAUCCACCGCGACCAGCCCUUCGCACAAUCUCCAACAGGACAGCGGCUAAACAUCAGCAAAGCCUCCGAAAAGAUGCUCAACUUCGACGAGCCAGCCACGUGUCGCAGAAGGAAAAUCUUGACCCCAAGAGAUUGAAAGUCAGGAAUAGCAAACAAGAAACCUUACCAGAACGUAGCUCAAGAGUGCAACGCCCUUCUUUAUCCAAAAUGCACGCUAAAGUUUCCGAAACUUAUGACGGUUCCUACAUGAGCGAUGAGCGUCCUACAAGUGCGACUGGAGCACACAAGAACACCCGGUUUCGAAGUCUGAAAUCACAGAAGAAAGGCGCGGAUAUAAUUCGAGCCGUUAAUAGUGCAGCUAAAAAACAGUUGAACACUACCGAGAAAAACACCCUUGUGGACUCUGCCGAUGAAAACACUGAUGUUGUGGAAUCUAAUAACAUUUUGCGGGAAAACACUAAUCAUGAAUCUUUUGUUUUGCCUGAUGUACCGGAGCUUUCUGAAUUGGUGUCUGGUAUUUACUAUGAAGACCUUCCACAAAAGUCUCGUCCCUCUAGACCUAGAACCACCCGAUUUGCCUCCCCACCGGCGACAACCAUGCCAGAGAAUUCCCAGGAGCAUGUACCAUUUGAUGCUGUUCCCAUUCCAGAAGACGAAAAAGCGAUAUUCGCGUCGCUUAAGCUUCUUCAAGACAAGAUAUUGACAUUAGAAAAAGAAAAUUCAAAGGUUGAGCGACGGCUUGAACAGCUUCAGGAGGAAAAUCACGUUCUUCGUAACAAAUCAGAUGACAAACAGGGGUAUGUGUAUAAAAGUGUGGAAGACGAACCAGGUAGGGGUGCUGCUACACUAGCUGUUGAAAGAAAUAGACUUGAAAGCGCAAACAUGGUGCUUCAAAAUCGCCUGGAAAUUGCCAAUCAUAAAAUUGGCGGUCAUGAUCUAAAUCUUCAAAGAGCAAAGAAAGAACGUGACGUUGUUAUGAAUAAGCUAGGCGUCGCUUAUCUUAGCUGUCAAGAGUUGCGGUCCGAUAACGAAGCACUACGUCGGGAUAAUGAAGAACUCCAAGGCCAGCUUUCCUUGUUAACAUCGAUGCCGCCGGUUGAUUGCCAGGAGGAUUCAUUUCCUAGUGUCAAAUCUAAGUCGCAAAAUUCCAGACAAAGAACAAUAAGUGCAUCCCGAAGCGGACGUGAAUUGAAAGAUAAAUUCGGGUUACUGGAUAUCGAGCAAGAACAAGGUGUUUUGAAUCAAAAUAUUUCAAAAAACAGCGAAAGACGUUCGAAGCUACUAGAUGAAACCCAUACGAACCAGAUAAAAAUGCGUCCCGCCGAAAAACAACAAUAUGAGGAACUCUUUUCUCUUGACCUCCCUUCAGCUCGCAAAUCCAAACCUCAAGAAAACGUGAUGGCAGCGCAGAGGCAGUCAAACACCAGCAAGCAGCGGGUAGGCAAACCUACUUUAGACAAUUGUGAUGAGUUGUCCGAUGGCGAAAUGCAGCUCUCUAAGCGUCCUCGUGCUGAGGCCGCGCAAACACGAGACUUGACAUUUCUCAGCUUUAUCGACAGCCGAGAGAUUGCGUUACUCAGGAAGACGUUAGAAGAGGAACGCAUUGCAAGAAAAGGUCGACGCUCACACGACAUGGAUCAAGGCUUACAGAAUGAUUGCCCUAAUGUUGACGCCUUUAAACUCGACUUCUUGACUGAAGCCUUCAGUAAACGUGCGUCACAGAAGCAGGCAAAAGUUUCCACUCAAGAAACCAACAUACAAACAACUUCCCUUGACGUGGAUCAUCAUACAUCAGUUUCAACCAAAACAAGAAAUAUAACUGAUGGGAUCACGCAAGGCAAUAAUACUACAACAGGGAUCAAGCAGCAUCAAACCAAGCUAGGCGACAUGACGUCGGCCAUAAUACUUCCUGAUAUAACCUUGCAUUGUGCUACCUCUGGUGAAAACUAUGAGCAUAUUAACGUCUCUGCAGCUGCCCAACGUGUACUGAAUGAAGUUGUGAGCCAUAAACAUGAGGACUGCUUUGUUUGCCAAAAUUCCAAUUAUCAAACUUGCGACAAAAAGAAAGCUUCAAUAAACGUGCCUAAACCAGUGCCAGUUUCAGAGCGUACUCCAGCCUACAACGAAGAACCAACCUUACGGCCAUCUCAAAAGCCAUCUAUCGCUUUGGCUUCUGUUUUGAAAUCUCUUGAAGAUGAACUGGCUCAUUUAAAAAUGCAGCUGACUGUGUUUCAAACGGCAUAUGCUAAGCACGACGCGUCUCUUGGAAAACGGCGACGGAAAGCAAUAUAUCAAAAGAUUGAAAAUUUAUUGUCUGAAAUCGAGAAAAAGUCCGAUCAAGUGUACUCCCUCUAUGACGUACUCGAAGGACAGAAACAGCACGGCGAUGAAAUGACAGAUCGGCAGAUCGAGAUAACCCUUCACUCGUUCGGUAUUAACGCCGGACCUAGUGAAGUGCCCAAGCGCCCUGAACAAAGGGCGGGUGAAAGUAGAAAGAAAAUCCAUAAUAAUAAGGAAAGCUUUACUGCUGGCAUUGACAGCGAUAGCAAUGAAGAAGAAUUACCAUGGGAGGGUUUUGAUACUACGAUUGAAUCAACAGGAAGAAGCUUUGUGAACAAGAAGUCAAACAACCGCUGA